AAAACUCGAAAUCCAACUGCCGGCCGCGGACAACGAAAUACGGAAUUUUGUCUUACUUGGCCGAACUACGUGUAUAAAUAUACAUAUUAUUUAUAUAUAUUAAGUAGAAGAAACCACAGAAAUAAAGCUUGAAAAAGAGCUGCAAAUUGUGCCAAAAAAAAUAAAUACAAGGAAAAACCAAUGAAAUUGAUGCAAAUUUCAAAAGAAAAAGUGAACAAGCAGUGAAGUAAUCAAAGGCAAAACCAAAACACGCCAUUUGUAGAGCAGUGUAAUAUCGCGUAAAGCCGAAAAUAGAAGGAGAGAGGAAGGCAACAACAUAAUUCGCGACGCCAGUGUUCACAUAAAAAGCCGUCAAGCUGUGGGGCUCAGGGGCAUUUUUUCUUCCUCCGCAAGGAAUGUAUUAUCCGCACAUGGUGCAGGCUGGCGUGGCGCCAUUUCCGGGCGCUCCGGCUGGCUAUGCCGCCGCUCCAGGGCCAGCAGCAGCGGCCGCGGCAGCAGCAGCCGCCGCCCAGCAAGCCGGAGCUGCUGCGGCCGCUGCCCAACAGGCUGGCGCUGCCGACAGUUUGUCCCUGGCUGUGGCAGCUGCGGCAGCCAAACAGCAGGCUGAGCCAGUGACCCAAUUAAAGGCGACCGGCGAGCCAGGAGGAGCUGGAGCCAACGGGAACACAGUAGCAGGAGCAGCAGCAGCAGCACAAGCAGCGGCCGCGCCAGGAGCUGUCGGAGGAGUUGCAACAGAAUAUGCCACGGCCAAUGGUGCUGCAUCGGCAUCCGCGGUGGCCACCAGUGUGUCCGAAUGUGCACCGUUGUAUAUGCAGCAGACAAAGACAAAUCUGUCAACACAAACACAGACACUGUACAAUGGAACAGCCAGCAGUGUCGCAUCCUCAACAGUCACAGUCCCUGGUCCGGGUCCUGGGCCGGGUCCGGGCCCGUGUCCAGGCCAAAUCCCAGUUUCAGUGGUCACGCAGCCAUCCCUGACAAAUGGACAUGCCAUGGACCAACUGCAGCAGCAGCAACAGCAGCACCACCAGCUACAAUUGCAGCAGCAGCAGCAGCACCACCAACACCAGCAGCAACAACAACAACAACUGCAGCAGCAGCAGCAACAACAACAACAACAACAACAACACCACCACCAUCACCACCAGCAAUCAUCGCAGCCCCCACAAAAUGUGCUCAGCAUAUCCACAGUAUUGAUUGCCAAUGAGGCUGCAGAUUCCCAACAGAGCUCAGCCCUCUCGAAUGUCGGCACAGGAGGCGGUGGUACAGGCGGCGGCGGCGGUGGACCGCCUGGCUCCCCGCUCUGCAGCUCCCCGUCCAGCGUCACAGCAUCGCAAGCCACAGUCGCCGCAGUAGCAGCCGCAACAUUCAAUGGAAGUGCCACAGAUAGCAGCAUGUCGGGCAACACCUCACCGAUAGCCAGCGGCGAACCGCUGCUCCAGACGCCGCCCGCCAUGCAACAGCAGCAGCAAAUGCCGCUCCUGUGCAGCAGUCCCACAUCAAUGGCAGCAGCCACAUCCGUCACGGCCAGCUCGAUAGCCGCCGGAGCACUGGCUGCCACCAGCAGCAGUGGCGUGGGUGUCGGCCUCCUGCCCACCGCCGGUCUGGACAGCAUGGCCAGCAUGGCCAAUGGUGGGGCGUUGGUGGUGCCGGCGAGUACCUCGCAAGUGAUUGCCCACCUGAAUGCAGCAGCGGCAGCAGCCAGCGGCAUCAUGACCGCCUCCGUGCAGUCGCCGAAUGUGGUCACGAGUCUGACCAGUGCUCUAGUCCCCGCACAGGCGCUGCCGACGGUGGCCCAGGCCGUCGCCGCCUCCAUGGAUGCCAAAAGUCAGCCCAAGCGGCUGCAUGUCUCCAACAUACCGUUCCGUUUCCGGGACCCCGAUCUGCGUGCCAUGUUUGGGCAAUUUGGAACCAUUCUGGAUGUGGAAAUCAUAUUCAAUGAGCGCGGCAGCAAGGGAUUCGGUUUUGUAACAUUCGCUAACAGCAACGAAGCAGAACGAGCACGCGAACGUCUACACGGCACCGUGGUUGAGGGACGCAAAAUCGAGGUGAAUAACGCCACUGCACGUGUACAAACCAAAAAAGUGACAGCAGUACCCAACGUUGUACUGACCAAAGAUGGUGCCAUACCGGCCCCAGCUCUAGUCUGCGUACAAUGGCCAGAAGCCGCCGUAGCCGCUGCCAUGCGUGGAGUUGCCAUUCAACGUGGACAUGUGGGCGUGGUCGGUGCCACACCCUACCAUCAUCCCCAUCAUCCGCACCACCAUCAAGCGCUGCUGGCGGCCUCCGCCGCCGCCGCCGCCCAACAGCACCAGCAGCAACGCCAGGUGGCCGCCGCCGCCGUGGCCGCAGCAGCCGCCCAACAGCAGCAGCAGGUCCACCAGCAUCAGCAACAGCAGCAGCAACAACAGCAGCAGCAGCAGGUGCACCACCAGCAGCAGCAACAGGCGGCCGCGCACCACCAGCAACAGCAGCAGCAGCAACAACAACAGCAGCAGCAACAGCAUGCCGCAGCCGCCGCCGCCGUAGCCGCCUCGCAUCCGCAUGCCCAUGCCCAUGCCCACGCCCAUGCGCUCGCCGGACUGCAGCCGACCCUGCAGGCGGUGGCCGUGCCCACGGCCGCUGGCGCCAAUGCCGCUGCCGUCGCCCAACAGCACUCGGCGCUGCAACAGUCACUGGCCGCUGCUGCGGCUGCCCAGAACCAGGGAGGAGUCGCCACCAAUGCGAGUGCUGCUGCCGCGGCCGCGUACGCCGCACGCCUGUCGGCGGCCACCGGUCAACAGACGCCGGCCGCUGCUGCUGCGGCUGCUGCUUCCAUGGCAGCGUCGGCCAAUGCGGCCAACAAUGCUGCCGCUUUGCAUGGAUUUACGCCUGUAUACUAUGAUCCCUUCCUAGCAGCCGCUGCAUCCGCUGAUCCAAAUCUACGCUUCCAGGCAGCCAAACCGGUCACUGAAGUUCCAGCCGCUCAGCCAGCCGCCAUAUUAAAUCGCCGCACUGUGACUACGCUAAACAGUAACCCACAUACGAUCAACCGCAUUCCGGUACCACAGAAUGUUUUGGCCGCUGCUCCGCUGUUAAAGACACCCCUGUCUCAGGCCCAGCAGCAGGCGUAUGCCACGGCUGCCACCACCUACACGGCUGUUGCUGCCCGAGCGGCCUAUGGUGCCGCUGCAGCAGCAGCCGCCCAACCGGCCCUGGCCGGAUAUGCCACCGUAGCGGGCUAUGCGCGCGAGUAUGCAGAUCCUUAUCUAGGACAUGGCAUUGGACCCGUGCCCGGCUAUGGGGCAACCAUGUACCGCGGCGGCUUCAAUCGAUUUACGCCAUAUUAACAACCAUUAAGAACGCCAGUCAGCCAAAUAAUGCACUUGAACUACUACCCUCGAUGAAAAUGCUCAAUAUAUGAACAAAGUAAAUGCGAAUAAGCAUGUAACUUAGAAGUAAAAUACUCCUCCUCUACGUACGUGCAGUAAGUAGAAGUUACAACCAAAACCGAUAGAUACAAGAUACUCAACACACAACAGCCGCCGCUCAAAGAUCUUGGAGAGUUGAAAAUCAAAGCUAAAUGCAACAACCAAUUGCAAAUGCAAAUGCAAACAAAAAAGAGAAGAACAUAAACAAAUCAAUGUCGUCCAGUAAAAGCCACAAAACAAAACCAAAAGAAACAAAAAACAAAAAAACGCUAAACACAGUUCUAUGGAGUUUGUAUAAGUAAACACAAAAACAAAACAAAAGUAAAGGAAGAAAGGAAAAUUACAUAAAUUAAAAGAAAAGAAGAAAGCUCAGAUUGCAAAACAGUUUUGCAAAAAAAAGUGAAAGAAAAACAUGUGCUUCAUGCGUAGAUUUUUACCAGAACAAAAGCUGAAACUUUGUGCGGCAAAGCAGAAUUUAUAUAUACAUACACAUACAUAUAUAUACAGAUAUAUAUAUAUAAAUAUUAUAACAAGAUAUAUAGUUAUGAUAUAGGCAUUGUAUUUGUAUAUCAAAAGCAAACAGACAAAAAAGAGCAAUGUUUUUUAGAUACUUUUCAUGCGGUAACAUCAUCAGAUAAUAAUAUAAAACGAGCAUACCUUUUGGUUGUUGAUUUUAGAACUUUGUUGAGCUAAGUUUAGAUCGAUCCCCGUACGGUUUUAAAUGAUUUACCAAUUAUUUAGCAUCAGUAGCAUUGUGUAGUAUGUAGUGAGCAAAAGGCAUCAAUCAGACAAAUUAACCCAUCAGAUUAUAUUCUUCAUUUAUAUUUGAACAAACUUCAAAGAGAGGGGACAGAGCACAAAGAGUUUGUUUACUUGCAUACAUAUAUUUUAGAUAUUUAAUUUCAUAUUUGAAAAUACCCAAAGAAUACUCAUUUCUGCACUGUGCAUUGUCGACGAAUUUAUUUUGGAUGCAUUGCUUUGGUUGUUCCUAGUAUUUUUAUAUAUUUUGGCAGCUAAACCCAAACAGAACUCGAACGCGACUCAAUUCGAAUUGCUCAAAAAAAUCGUAGUGCAUAGGUACAUUACAUAAAUGCAAAAGAUCAACACGUAGACAUAUCCUUGGAAUAUACAAUAAAAUUUACUUUAAAUGCCGCCAUAGCAGCAAAGCAAACAAAAAAAGAAAAGAACAAAAAAAACACAAAAAAUCUAAACAAAAAAAUUAGAAAUUAGUUUUUAAAAGUCAAGCUUCCAGUGACAAAAAAAGCCAUUGAUGAAUGAUGUGUGGAAAUCGAAUAAUAAGCAUUAAAAAUUAAACAACUUUUAGCUCCUACUCCGUAGCACUUUCCUUGUGUGUUGUGUAAAGACAGAACCCAAAAAACUAUUGAGAAAAGCAAAGAUCAAAAUGAAUCUUUGACGUUCGUUGUUCACUUUCGGACUAGACCGAAAACACUUCCCCUAAGAAAACUAAGAAUUUAUUUUCUACACACACUCGAAUCUAAUUGCACACACAAAAACAAAAAACAAAAAACAAUUGCUAAAUGCAGAAAUACCAAAUGGAAACUUUUAACGUUGUGUAUUCUUCAAAUGUUAACGAUCAAAUGCUCAAUGGUGACAACAAACAACCAAAAUCGACAUAAGUGUUCUCUAUUUUGAUUCUUAGGCAGCCACUGUCGUCAGUUACAAGUUUAAACUAGUUGUUUAUGAACCCAUACAUACUAUGCUAAACAAAUCAAAGCUACUACAAAAAUAUUGUGUGUGUGUGUGUAAUCGUGCAAUUUUUAAGUGUUCAAAAAAACUAAGGCAAAACUAUGCAAAAUUAUAUGAAAAGUGACAGGCGGAAAAUUGCAUCAACUCCAAAGAGCUUCAAACUUUGAUGGGUUUUCUUCUAUUUUCAAUCUAAUCACUUGGAAACUGUCUCAGAUUGUACAUACCUAUGAAGAUAUAUAAUAUUUUACAUUAUUCCUCUCCCAAACACACGCACACACACCAAUACAAAACGCACACAAAAAGAGAUAAAGAGAUAGGGAUAUAGAGAGAGCGUAGCAGCAGGCUAUAGGGUUUGCCCACAGAAACUCGAAGCGAAGCGAAGCAAUUAUGUCAUACUCAGAUUUAUACGCACAUACAAAUGUGUUAGUUUUUGUUUGAUUCUCUCUCAUAAUUAUUACGUAUUGAUAUACUAUACAUUUACGUUGACAUUUUCAAAGCCAAAGUUUAUAUUUUAAAACGAUUUUUAGUUAGAUAUUAGUUAGUACGCCGAUGACAGAGACAGAGACAGCGACAGCGACAGAGAGAAAAUGGGACAGGGACAGGGACAGAAAGGUGAGCGAAUAGGUAAAAACAAUAAAAGCAAAAUAAUGAUGAGAACAAAACGAACCCAACAAUUGCCAAAUUAAAUGUAGCUUUCAAGUGAAUUAUCUAUAAUAAAGACGUAAUUAAAUAUAAAACAUUUUUCAAAUAGCGCAGAAAUAGUUUCACCC